GCUUCUCCAGGUCGCCUCGCUCCAGUGGCUGGCUGGGGAGACCCCCUCUGACCCGAGAAGAUAGUGGAGAUAGUGUGCAGAGUGAGUGGUGAGACGGAUGACCUCGUGGGUGUCUCCCCUGGUCUCUCCACUCCCCGCCCCGGUUUUCCAGCGGCAGCCCCAGUCCCCAGGCUGAAGGGGAACAAUAAAGAGGAGGAAAAGUAGCCCUCGCAGCGCCCUAAUGAUUGGAUGAGGCGCCAUUACAUCAUUUCCCCCCCUUUCCUGGGCUGCCUCGCUGAUUUUCUUGCAUUGGGGAGAAAAGUGCGCGCGCGCUAGUUAGUAGGAGCGGGAAGCACAUCUGGGGAAGAGGGAGGACUGGGUGCCCGCACGACACACACACACACACACACACACACACGCCCUCCCCUAGAGCUGUGGCCAGCGGCUUGCCCGAACUCCUUCCCAGCCCCAGGUGGUCAGAGAGGAGUUUGGAGAGCGGGAAGAUGCUCCGGAGAACGUCCCAUGAAGCGGAACCUGGAGGGCGAGGGCUCCUCCGUCUCCUCUGAUCCGCGCCUGCCGCUCAAGUGCGGGGAAAUGGGCUUUGAGAACGCCACGGACAAGCGGUGGGGCAUGGCUGAUUCCGCAUACAACUUGUCUUCUCAGCUGAUAAAGAUGCCCAACUUCACCAAUGACAACUUCACCAAGGAGGGCACCCCCAAGUAUAAGACGGUGGAGAUGGUCUUCAUAGCCACCGUCACGGGGUCACUUAGCCUCGUCACUGUGGUAGGGAAUAUCUUGGUCAUGCUGUCCAUCAAAGUCAACCGCCAGCUUCAGACUGUCAACAACUACUUCCUCUUCAGCUUGGCCUGUGCUGACCUGAUAAUUGGAGUCUUUUCCAUGAACCUCUACACAGUCUACAUCAUCAAGGGCUAUUGGCCACUAGGGGCUGUGGUCUGUGACCUCUGGCUGGCUCUGGACUACGUGGUGAGCAACGCCUCUGUCAUGAACUUGCUCAUCAUCAGUUUUGACCGCUACUUCUGUGUCACCAAGCCACUGACCUACCCAGCUAGGCGGACAACCAAAAUGGCAGGGCUGAUGAUUGCAGUCGCUUGGAUAUUGUCCUUUAUCCUCUGGGCGCCCGCCAUCUUGUUUUGGCAGUUCAUUGUUGGGGAGAGGACAGUUGAGAAAGAGCAGUGUUACAUCCAGUUCCUCUCCAACCCGGCGGUGACCUUUGGCACAGCCAUCGCGGCUUUCUACCUCCCUGUGGUCAUCAUGACUGUGCUCUACAUCCACAUUUCACUGGCCAGCCGGAGCCGCAUCAGAAGACACAAGCCUGAGAGCAAGAAGGAGAAGAGGUCCAAGCCACUGAGCUUCCUGAAGAGCCCUCUGGUCAAGCAGAAUAACAACAACUCUCCAAAGAAAGCAGCGGAGGUGAAGGAGGAGGCAAAAAAUGGGAAAGUAGAAGAGCAGCCCUUACAGCAGUCAGAGACCACUGGACACCAAGAGGAGAAGGAGACGUCCAAUGAAUCCAGCACGGUGAGCAUCACCCAGACCAACAAAGAGAAGCCAGUGCUGGAAAUUGCACCGGCUGAUCAAGGGCAGAGCCCAGCCCCGACACGGCUUAACCCUGCCUCCAAGUGGUCCAAAAUUAAGAUCGUCACAAAGCAAACCGGAACUGAAUGUGUCACCGCCAUUGAGAUUGUCCCAGACAAAGAAGCCAGCUCCACCCCAAUCACCUUGGCCAACAGCCGCCCGGCGAACGUUGCCAGGAAAUUUGCUAGCAUUGCCAGGAGUCAGGUCAGGAAGAAGCGUCAAAUGGCAGCCCGGGAGAAGAAAGUCACCAGAACCAUCUUUGCCAUCUUACUGGCCUUCAUCCUGACAUGGACACCUUACAAUGUGAUGGUCCUCAUUAAUACCUUCUGCGAUUAUUGUGUCCCUGACACAGUCUGGUACAUCGGGUACUGGCUGUGCUAUGUCAACAGUACCAUCAACCCAGCUUGUUAUGCUCUUUGCAACGCCACCUUCAAGAAAACCUUUAAGCACCUUCUCAUGUGUCAGUACAGGAACAUCGGCACGGCAAGAUAAUUUGGAAGCGAGGUGUUGUGGAGACUUGUUCUUUUGUUCUCCAACCAGUCAGAUGUACUGUUGCAGCUGUGUCACUGGAUUCCAGAGGGAGCCCUUCACCAAAUGCAGAAUUAAAACCGGAGAUAAGACACAACCCUUUUAAUCAUGAUCGGCCUUCAAGGCCCAAAGCAGUCCUUGGGCCUGUACGACCCCUGACUGCGCUUCUCCAGAAAACGAAGGAGAAAUAAGUCAGGGACUGGAUGCUGCAAUAAGGCGUCAUGGACAGACUUCAUGGAACCCACUCCCUGCCUUGUUCCUCCUGAAAUGCUGGCUGAACUUCCAUUAACCUUUGAUAUCACUAGAUGAAAGCAGUGUACCCUUCUGAUGCCUAUGCUGAUGUGCUAAGUGGGACACACAAACAUGUAAAUGGAAGUUCUUCCUUUCCAUGGAUGUCUUGGUGGUUUUGCACUUGUGGUGUGUGUGUGUGUGUGUGUGUGUGUGUGUGUGUGAGAGAGAGAGAGAGAGAGAGAGAGAGA